AUGCCAAGCUGCACGCAACUCGCUCGUGUUGCCGACCGCUCGCCCCUUCUACUACCACUACGAGUUGAAACAGAAGACGAGACGAAGGUGUUCUGCACUGUCGUGAAGAUCCGUCCCACCCUUGUGCAUUUCCUGGCUGACGGCCGCGUAUCGUGUGUGAUCAGGUCUAAAGUCCCAAUUGUUGAUGUCGCAGACUUUAGUGGAACUCAUUCUCCAGGAGAAAGUCGGAGACUCUUGGUCGCUGUAGCAGAUGGCAACGUCUGGAUAGCGACGCUGCCAGUGCAGUUGCAGUCGUUGGUUGGUGCGGGGCUGACGGAACUUGUACUGGAGAGAUCAUCGUGUGAAGAAGUGCAGUGGCUCUAUCAUUUACCUGGAGUACAGUCGGUUCAACACAUUCAAGCAGGAUUGACGUCGUUCACUCUGAUGAGGAGUGUUGUGACGCCUUCGACGUUGAUUGUGGGUACUAGAAGGAGCUCUGCGUCCAAGCUGCAGACCUACCAGUCACUGGAGCUGAUUGAUCUUGAAGGCGAGCAGUCUAUGUGCUCGAUUUGUCUGAAUAGUCAAGAAUCGAGGGAAACGAAGUUGCUGCAGAGCUUGUUUCCUGAAGUAGCAAGCUAUGCCGGGGUGGUGGCUAUUUUACAGGGAGAUCUGGAUGGAAGCGUACGGCUCUCUUUGAUCCGUCAUUCCUACAACGAGAAAGAUGGCACGAAGGUGUCCACCAUUUGCAGUGGAACGCUGUUUCAGCUGAACCAGCCCGUUCAAAUGAUCAUUCCGUUCACAUCUUCCCCGUGCUCGCUCUCUCCGUCCACAAAAGCAACGAGUGUAGUGCUGGAAUUUGAUGCACUGUUGCUCCUUGGCUCGAGAGGGCGUGUAAAGGCUGUUCUUUCGCGGAGAGGUUGCUCGGUAGAUACUGUUUCUGGUCCGACAAAGAAGCUGGACUUUCGACAAGCUAUACAGUCAUUGGUCUUUGUGAGCAGUUUGGGAGCGUUCGUUCUAUGCUCGAAUGGGUCAGCGUUUGUGUUUCGCAGCACUGCUGUACUAAUGAACUUGGAUCUUGAAGAUUCAAAAGCUAUGUGUAAUGACCACGCAAUUCACGUCGAGAAAAUGAAUUUUCGACCGGGCAUUGUGCGCUUGGCAACACACGGCAUAGUGCAAAGCAUGUCAAUUCUCUUUGUAUCGGGGCGCGUAGUCACGAUGGACGAGUCGUCGCUGUGCGAGAAUAUAAGUAGUGUGCUGCCACCUCUCGAGAGAGGCCAGAAGGGGCUGAUAGAAUCGACGAGCGGUUCUCGAGUUCGACACCUGUUGCAUCGCAUCGCACUUACAUCGACUGAAUCGUCUGCCUUGCGCGUCCGAUCAAGCCAGAUUGACAACCAACUCAAGACGCUGCACUCGGCGUUGGAAUCGCUGCAACUUGUGAAAGCCCAGGGUGUGGAAAAUGUGAUCAAGUGCGAGGUGGGGGCAUCAGUAGCUGAAAUUGGCACGUACUUGGACCGACGCACAGUUAAGCUCGUGUGCCGCUUACAUUUCGUGAACGACAAAGUCAUUGCCUCGCUCGAUGAAUGGUGGCUAUGUAUGUACGUCCGCACUCGCGAAUGUGCGGUAACAGCUUACUCGUUCCCACUGAAUGACGUACUUACGCGCCAAGGACAAAGUAUCAUGCUGGAUCCAGAGACGAUCGCUCAGCAAGACCAGGGAUGUUUGUGGGUGUCAUGCGCUAUGAUGUUCUGUCCCACCGGAGAUCUGUGUCCAGAAACCAAGCAUAGCGAAGCAGCCCAAUUCAGGCCAAUUAGUCCGGACAUACCGUCAUUUGCAGUUCCGUUGCUUCACGAUCGAAUCCCGCUUGCACAGCUGAGCCGACCUGUCGAAGAAGAGACUUCAGCUAGCCAAGUUUCCAUUCACUCAACCUUCCAUCAGAAUCACGAGGCAUUCAUGCCAGUCGGACGAACAGGUAAUGGAAGCAACACCUCGUCAUCUGUACUUCGAGGUGGGGUGCAAUGGUUUGCUGCAUUAGCCGACCAUGCCCAAAAGAGCGCAUCAUUUGCAUCUUUGUGGUCAAAGAUUGCCCCUCCACAUGCACCAUCUUUCGAGCUGACUCCGCCGUCCCGGUUUGUGAUCUCCAUCCCAGCAUUCUUCGAAGCAGAAGGCGAAGACGAAGACAUUGAAGACAUCGAUGAAGAUCUCGAGGAGGUUCGUGUCGAAAGGAUUGUGUUAUUCCUCCGUCGAGUCUUCAAUCUACACGGAGAUGAGGUUCCACGCUUGCAUCGUAGCUGCAGAUCACAGCAUGGAAAGUUUUGGACGGUGUUGCAGUCUAUCUCCGGAAGUCUUGUCCUCCUGCGCUUCAUUCCCUCCAAAAAUGAUCAACGAUCCGUUGACCUCACCAUCCAAUGCUCAGAUUUAGCGGAUCUCUCAGCAAUAAGAGCUCUUAUCCUGGAAGCGAUUGAUGACGAGACGGAACGAAAAACCAGCGCUGGCGAGCUCGUUGUGGACAUGGGCGAAAUACUUGACCCCAUCGCAACUCUCGACAACCUUCUGGAGGAGCUGACGCGCAGAACCAUUACCAGCAUCGUCAAUCCCCAUUCGGCCGUAUGCACUGAUGAAGUGCUUCAUGCACUCUCACAGCUAGCGCAUCUGGAGACCCACACACUCACACUUUACUGGAAGACAAGGUCACAGCGUACCAAAAAGCCAUCGCACAAGAAUACCUAUCCAUGA